AUGAACGGCAAGAAAGGAUGGACAUUGGAUAAGCCCACAUCACCACCAAUCAGCCGGUGCAGGCGCAAUCUAAUAGGAGGAGGGUCAGACAUGAAAAAUUUAUCUCCAGUUCGUACAGUAAUAUCCCAGAACGACACUAAUCGUUCUCAUGUUCAUGUGCAU